AUGGCGACCACUAAAAGUAAGAUAUUUUCCCUGGAAGGGAAGGGGUUGAAGCUUGACACCGCGGCGGACGUCGAGACGCACAUCAAACCACUACGGGAAAUGGAGGAUAUCGAGGAGGUCAGACUGCUUGGGAAUACUCUGGGUGUAGAAGCUUGCAAAGUUCUUGGGGAAGUUCUAGAGACGAAGAAAACUCUCCAGGUUGCAAAUCUAGCAGAUAUAUUCACCGGACGCCUUCUAAAUGAGAUCCCGCAAGCGCUCUCCCAUCUUCUUACUGCCCUUCUUGCGCUGCCAAAACUUCAUACCAUCAAUCUUAACGACAACGCAUUCGGGUUGAAUACUCAAGCUCCCCUGGUUGAGUUCCUCUCGUCGCAUGUUCCUCUCCAACAUCUCAUUCUCAAUAAUAACGGCCUCGGGCCUCACGCUGGUAUUCUAAUCGCCGAUGCGCUCUCUGCGUUGCAUACAAAGAAGGAGGAAGCACGAAAAGAGGGCCGAGAGGUUCCUAAUCUCGAAACAGUUAUCUGUGGGCGCAACCGGCUCGAGAAUGGCAGCAUGGCGGCAUGGGCGAAGGCCUACAGCCUGCAUAAUGGGGUCAAAGAAGUGAAGAUGGUGCAGAAUGGUAUUCGGCAAGAGGGAAUUUCGCAUCUGCUCACUGAUGGCCUGAAGCAUGCAAGGACGAUCAACGUACUGGAUCUUCAGGAUAACACUUUCACAAUACUCGGUGCUAAGGCUCUAGCUAAAGUUGUUCCUAGCUGGAGUGAGAUACGAGAAUUAGGCAUCGGAGAUUCGCUUCUAGGAGCGAAAGGAAGCGUGCUAUUUGCUAGCGCGCUUGGGAAAGGAAAGAACCCGAAGCUUGAAAUCUUGCGCUUGCAGUAUAAUGAUAUUACUGCGAAGGGAUUAGAAGCAUUUUCAAAAUCAGCAAAGGAAGCUCUGCCUGCUCUAAGGAAGAUUGAGCUCAAUGGCAACAAGUUUUCUGAAGGAGACCAGUCAAUCCUCCACCUGAAAGACCUACUCGAGGAACGUAAAGAGAAUUUGGCUGGGGAAAUUGUGAUUGAAGAUGAUUGGGGUAUCGACAGCCUGAGCGACCUCGAAGACGAAAGCGAUGAGGAAUCUGAGGAGGAAGAAGAGGAGGAGGAGGAAGAAGAACUUCGUGAGAGGUUGCUGGAGGAGGCCGAGGAAGCUCAGGAGCAGCCUGUUGUUCAACUACAGGACAAGGAGGUUGAUGACCUUGCGGAUGAACUCAAAAAGAAGGCGGAGAUUUAA